UGAUAGACUACCUAAUCAACUAUUGAUUCAGCUGAGUUCCUUACACAAUAAUCAUUCUCGGGGGCUCUAUUUGCCUCGUGUUCAAGCACUGCCGGGUGGAAGUCAAUCCUCAAGUGGAACGGACGACGGUUGGAUAAGACCACAGCAAAGAAAUACGAGCUCUUGGCGAGAUUGCCCGUUUCGAGCGGGUGACCCUCUUUCAGGCAGGGGCUCGUAUUCUCGUUUCCUUUUCUUCAGCCAACUCCUUCGUCGACGUUGUCCCCCAUCUAUGCAACCCAAGCAUUCCCUACUACCUCAGAUGGUCAACACGAUUAUGCACAGUGAUAUCUCUCCGCACGGCGCUACUCACUGGGCGGAGGGAGGCUAUCUGUCGGCAUUCCGAGCCCAAUCCGCACUAAGACGAACUACUGCAGGGCUAGACCUCCAUCAGAGUGGGCCAAUGGUGAGGGUACUUGGCCUAGCGCGGCGAGGAAGCAAGACUCGACGCACACAUCACAAAUCCAGAAGUGGCUGCAGGAAUUGUAAAAGCCGGCGAGUCAAGUGUGAUGAAACCCGACCAGAAUGCACGCGAUGCCAGGUCUAUGGUGUCACCUGUGACUACAAUCUGGCCCAGUAUAAGGAUGCCAGACAACAAUCGGUCGCCGCAGCCUCGCGCAACGGCCCGCUGCAUCGCAAUGCGUCCUUGGCAUUCGAUGCAAUGACGGCCAAUAUCGACGCGGUGCUGCAGGUCGGCCUGAGCGACGAACACCGUCACCUUCCUGGCUCCUCGGGAGGAGACAAUCUUGGCGUACUGGGCCUGGACAUUCUUACCCACUUUUCACGAAUGGUCGCAGUCUACACGCCGAGGUUCGCCCACUUGAAGCAGGUCUUUCGAGAACGUACCUUCUACAUAGCUCUAUCGGAACCCUGCCUCUUAUAUGCUAUGCUAGCGGCAGCGAGCACCCACAGAACCAGCGUCUUGCCAUCCGAUCCAAGUCAGAGCAUGGUCGCCGCGCAACUUCGGCACGACGCGGCACGGAUGUAUCGACAGGAGCUACAAUCACCCAUCGGCCGGCACAACAUGGACGUGUUGAUGUCGACCUGUAUCCUCAUCGGCAUGUUCUCCUUUUUCAAGGAGAGGAUAGACCCAAGCGAGUCCUGGGUGCUGUCAGAUGACUCUAGCGCCAUGAACUGGCUGUCUGUCCAAGGUGGACUGCGAUGUCUCAUCGAACUAGUCAACCCGUGGCUCAAUGAAAGCAUCUGGAGUGACGCAUUCAAAGUGGCCAGCACCUACGAAUUCUACGACGACCACCGAAUGGGCCGUGAAGACCUCGAUCCGGAUCUGGCCGACCUAUGUGACAUCAACGACGAAACCACCGAAGAAACGAACACGUACCACUGGCCCCUGCGGAUGCUGUGCCCGUUACUGCGGAUGCCUCGGCAUCAGCCGGAAGAUUCUCGCAUCACCAACUUCAUGGGCCGGCUGGAGCCGGGUUUCCUCGUCUUGCUGGGGGCCAAAGAUCCGCGUGCCCUGCUUUUAUUGGCAUACUGGCUAGCGCUCAUGUGCUCGUCCGUCCAUGAGUGGUGGGUGGAUGCUCGAGUUCGGUCCGAAUGUCAGGCGAUCUGUAUGUACCUGGAAUGGCAUGGCGAUCAGAGAAUUGUGGAUUUGCUGGAGUUUCCGGCUACGGUUUGUGGGUAUCGAUCAAAAAUGGACUAGAUCGAAAGCCGCGUGUCCCAGUGCUCCUGUAUUGGUUCGACUUUU